AUGCAAUUCGUCAAAUCCUCCGUCUACCAGGCGGAGAUCACAGAGGGGGGUGUGCGCGAGCGCGAAGUGGACACGCGCUCGAGGGAGGAGGUUGAGCUCCAGGAGAGGCUCAGAAAGCUCCCUGAAUUUAGCCGCGAUCCCAACUUUAAAAGCUACGCGGAACAAGUCUUGGAGGGACUGCCGCCGACAACACCGGAGCCUCCACCGCCUACAGAAGGAAAGCCGAACCCAAACCUUCCUCACUCUGUGACAGAGGAAGAGUUCGAGUUUUAUGAGGCUCUGCGGGCGCAAGACCGCCGCAAGAAACUGGCAAGGCAGAAGGAGGAAGAUGAGAUGCGAGAUGAGUUUCACAGGGCGAGAGAAGCCUCUCUCAGGCUUUCUGUUAGCUCUGUCGCUUCGUCGAAUCGGGACCGCCGCAGCGCGGAGUCUGACACGAGCCAAACCUCCCUGGGGAAGGCUUCCCCGUUUUCAGUUUUGGCAGCGCAAAAGUACAGGUCAAAAAUAAGUUCUCCUUUCGGAGAGGGAUGCAUUUUCGACGUGACAACGAUAGCAUUCAAAGAGAAACAGAAGAAGCGCGCUCUCGACGCCCGCCCGUCGUUAAACUUGAUUAUAAAAAAGCCUAAAACCAACGCAGCAGAGGGCACUGUCUCAAACGAGGCUGAGGGUUCAGCAACUGAGGAUGCGAAGAAAGAUGGAGACAACGCAGCUGACGGAGGCACAUCGAAAAGUGAAGACAAACAGGAUGGGGCAAAGGCAGCUGCCGAUGAGGAAAAGGGGGAUGUCUUCGCGUCACUUUGCGAGGCGUACGGCGAUAGCGAUGAUUCUGGUUGA